AUGUUGUACUCCCUCGCUCUUCCAGCUCUUCUGCUGGCCAGUUCUGCCUCGGCCAGCAAGUCCGUCUUCGGCCACCGAGACCUAGUCUCCGAGAAUGUCAAGUGCGCUUGUACCGGACUGAGCAACCACUCUCCCAACUUCACUCUCUUCUCCAACUCGACGGCCUACGAGACUCAGCGCGUCAACGUCUGGGACAAGAGAGCCAACCUUCACCCCGCCUGCAUCUAUCUGCCCUCGACUGCCGACGAUGUCGCCAAGGGCGUCGAGAUUCUCUCCACCUGCAAGGCCCAGUUCGCUGUCAAGGGUGGUGGCCACAUGAACUACCCCGGAGCCAACACGAUCGACGACGGAGUCCUUCUUGCCCUCAACAGUCUGAGCGCGGUCACAAUCAACAACGACGAGAGCACCGUCGACGUCGUUCCGGGUAACAAAUGGGUUGACGUCUACUCCGCUCUGGCGCCGUACCGCAAGUACGCUAUCGGCGGCCGCCUUAAGACGAUCGGUGUUCCCGGUCUGACCUUGAUCGGCGGUGUCAGCUACUUCCUCAACAAGUACGGCUUCUCCAUGAACAACGUGGUCAAAUACGAAGUCGUUCUGGGUAAGGGUCCCCAAGUAUCCGCAACCAACACCUCGAACCCCGACCUCUUCUGGGCCCUGAAGGGCGGUGCCAGCAACUUUGGCAUCGUCACCAAGUUCUCUCUCAAGACUUUGGAUCUGCCCUUGGCGACUAGCACUUUCCAGAUCUUCAACGAGUCUGCCGCGCAGGCCUUCAUCAAGGCUGCUACUGAUUUUGCCCUGAGCGACGACAAUUCCGAGGGUGCGGGUGCCGUCAUCAACAUCAACUACAAUGUGACGACCAAGGAGAUUGUCCCGCAAGUCUUCGGUUUGCAGGAGACCACUGUCUCGCCUCCGUCUCACUUUGCCAACUUCACUGCCAUUCCCGCCGUUUCCCGCAGCCACAACGUUACGCGGCCUAUUGACUGGCAUUCUCAGAUGUUGUCCCCUAACCAGAUGUUCCGUAUCCAAUUCGGCCACCAGACUAUCAUCCCCGAUGCCGACCGCUUGUACGAGAUUCACCAGACCUGGGUUGAAGCCGUUGCCGACAUCGCCGACAUCGAAGGCAUCCGCCCUACAUUCAUCUUGAACACAGUCCCAAGAACCGCGCUUGCUGUUGGAAAGAAGAAUGGCAUCGGCAACACUUUCGGUCUGGAUGCUGACCAAUCCUACAUCUGGUGGCAAAUCACCACCUCUUGGGCUCGCCCAGAAGAUGACCUCCGCAUGACCGCUUGGUCUCAGAACUUCCUCGCCCACCACCACGAGAUCAACCAGGAGUUGGGACUCGCGACCGAGUUCGUUUACAUGGGUGACGCUGGCGAGUGGCAGAAGCCCUUCCCUGCUUACGGAGAGGGAAAUAUGCAGAAGAUGAAGGACAUCAGGGCUCAGUACGACCCCAACAUGGUGUUCAGCAAGCUCAACUGGGGUGGCUUCAAGCUUGGACACUAA